UGCCGUGUGCCGGCGGUGCCGCCAUGUACCGCCUGUGCCGGCUGUCCCGGCUGUCCCCGGUGCCGCUGUGCCCAUUGCCGCUGUCCCCGGUGCCGUCCCCCGAGCCGCCGUCCCCGCUCCGCGCCCAGGCCGCGCUCCCGCCGGGGCCGCGCCGCGCCCGCGCCAAGGAUGCAGCUGAACCCCUCAAAAAGGCAGCCACUGAUCCCAGUGCUGAAAACAUUAAACUCAACAAAUCCCAGCAGCUGAAACAAGUUUUUAAAGAAUAUGGUGCUGUAGGGGUUUCCUUCCAUGUUGGAAUUUCCUUAGUAUCUCUGGGAAUCUUCUACCUGGCUGUGUCAAGCGGCGUGGACAUGAGCGCGGUCCUGCCGAAGCUGGGUUUCAGCGAGGCCUCUCUGCAGUCCAGGAUGGCAGCUGGCACCAGCACCUUCGUGCUGGCCUAUGCUGUGCACAAGCUCUUCGCCCCCGUGCGCAUCAGCAUCACCGUGGUGUCCGUGCCCUUCGUGGUGCGCUACUGCCGCAAGGCCGGCUUCUUCAAACCGCCCGCGCCCGGCCCCUGAGCCCUGCCCGCCUCGCUGCCACGCAGCUCCUCAGGUGAAAAGCUGCUCUCAAAGACUUGGCUGGGUUCAGGUCGAUCUCAUCCCACGUUUCUUACUUGUUCUUUCAGGUCAAUGGCGCUGUGAAAAGUGCUGUCCUUGUCUCCUUUCACUUUUGCCACUUGUUGUAGGAGAAACCUGUUCAAAUGGGAUCUGGUUAGCGCUUCGAGUGGGAAUAUAAAUGCUUGACAAUGAGCACAGUUCUGGGUCUUUAUAAGCCAGCUUUUGAGCCUUUUUUUUUUUCUAUUCAAAACAGAGUCAUAGCUUUCAUUUAUUACUGUGGAGCUGAGAAACUGAGAGAUUCUCUUUCCAGCAGAAUAAACAAUAUCUCACUACACGGACAGUUCUCUUGAUAAGAGUAUGUAUUGGAAUCUCAAGUGGCAGGUGGGUGUUUCUGUUGUUAGAAGAGGCUUUUAUUAUAGCCUUUCUUACAGUACAACACAAGCACUGAACUCACUUCAGUAGAAGUACCCCAGGAUGAAUUAUUGCUGUUAUAAUUGGUUUAGUCACACUAGGUGAAGCACUGUUCUGAAACUAUGUGUAUUGCUAACAUAGUCCAAGAUUCUGUUGUUUGAUAAUGUGCUGGCUGGGAGCCAGCCUUACUAAAGUCCUUUUGUUUUUAAAUGUCUAUAGACUCAGAAGAAAUCCUGAGCCUUCUGAAAUCAGUGAAACCAGAAUUACCUAUGUGAACAUACUCCAAACAGCAUCAAGGCAGAGAGAAGCUGGGGGAUUUUAAUAUUUUGAGAUUUGGCUUUGUGCUGGAAACAUGGUUUUUCGUAUCUUAAAACUAACCCCCAGCACCUUUCUGCUCUUGUGGGUGAAACUCAAAUCUUCCAAGUUUUUGCACCUGAAGUGGAAACAUUCCAAUAUUCCCAGCUUCCCAGGAAGAAUUCCUGUGCUUUAGGCUGAGACUGCUGAAUAUAGCAAUGAGGGGGUUUUGCCUUUGCUUAUAGGGAGUGUGAUGUUAAAAUGUAGUUACAGAUGUGGAUAUCCACAUUCCACCAAACCUGAAGAUUAAUCCUAAAACAGAUAAAUGGGUGUCACACUGGGGUUAGCCUGGGUUUUGGGCUCAGGCCUGAAUGAGAGCUGGGGCUGUUUAGGAUUGCUGGCUGCUCUUUUCUGAAUUCUCUUUGUGCUUGCACUUACCCCAAGGUGGCUCUGACAGAUCUGAUUAUACAGAUCUCUGCUUUAAGUAACAUAGUAGGAAAAUACCCUGAAAUAGCUUUUUACUUUUGCUAAAAUUUAGUGAAUGGAGAGGAGGAAACGGUGGAGUUUUGAUGAGAGUUGGCUGAGGGAGGAAAGGAGGAGCAAAUAACUUAUGAGCAGCCUCUUGCCUCCCUUCAGCCAGAACAUUAAAUUGCACCUUAAUUCCUUUCCCCCACAGGAAGUCCCAAGUUUCACAUGGACCAAGGAUAAGAAUUCUAAAAUUACUCUGAGGCAGUCUUGUUUACUUUAGUUAGAAUAAUUUCUGAGAAAAAUGUUUUGUCUUAAAUAUGGUAAAGAAGGAAUAGUCAAAAUUUCUUUUUCAAAAUCAUGAAAUCAUUCAAAUUCAGUAGAAGGCACCAGCACUAGUUUUAUUGCUGUAAAGAAACAGCUUCAUAGAAGGUGUAGCCAGAAUUCUGAUUACUUAUGUGGUUGUAUAAACUACUAGCAAUUUGUUUAGAUGAAGAUUUUUGCAAAGUGUAUUUUAAAUUGAGAAUAUAUUUUGAAUUCUUGAAUCCUUGCUUGUAGAAGGUUCAUUUUUAAAAACUGUUUGUAAAAUAGCAAAGUCUUAUUCUGAAAAGACAAUAAAUUGCUUUCUCUUAGCUUG